AUGAACGACUGCCGAUCCCCUCUAGAAGUGGACUCUGCCUUUUGCGUGUCGUUGCCUGCCGGAAACUAUAAGUAUCCCUACGACUGCAGUGCCUAUAUUUCGUGUACCGAAUCGUGUGCAGAAUUGGAGAAUUGCCCACCCGGAAAACUUUUUAAUAAUUUUCUUCGUAUCUGCGAUACACCGGAAGCCGUUGAUUGCACGGCUUCGCCUUACCCAGCGCCUCAAGUUGAUCCUUGCGUUGGUCAACCAAACCACACUCUACUUCCGUCCGAUAGUGCCUGCAACGAGUUCAUCGUGUGUGUGGACGAGCACAGUGAAGUGGACCAGUGCCCCGGCCAGUUGCUGUUUAAUCCAGACCUCCGCAUCUGUGACUAUCCAAAUGAAGUCUGGUGCUACGGUGACCAUUCAACCCAGGUAGUGCCAGAAGCAACAAUGACUACGCAGGGGCUUUUCAACGAGUGCAUCGGUCAGGCGCUGGGAACUUGCUUUCCGUACCUAAAAAACUGCCAGCAGUAUUACUAUUGCUUUGGCAACAACUCAUUCACAAUCCUUCCCUGCCCCAAUGACAAUUGGUACAACCCGUAUAGCGGGCAUUGUGGUCCGGAAGUCUCAUCAGAAGCAUGCCGCGAAGUGACAACGUCUACAGGUCCCAUCACCAUUCCUCGGUCAACCGCAGACUAUAAGGACUACCUAUGUGCUGACCAGGUGCUGGGCGUCGCAUUCCCAUUGGAAUCGGACUGCCAACAGUACGUUCUUUGCAUGGGCAAUGAUCAAUGGACGACCGCUAAGUGUCCAGUGAAUGCUUGGUUCGAUCCGAAGACUGGCGAUUGCGGACCAAAUGUAUCGCCCACAGCGUGCCGCGACACAUUUACCACAAGCCCAACCGUUCAAACUACCCAAAACUUGGACGAUCUCUGCGCCGAUCAGAAUCUGGGCUUCUCCUACCCACUAGUAACGAACUGCCAACAGUAUAUCCUAUGCAUGGGAGAUGGGAGCUACAGCAUAGCCAAUUGCAUUUAUAACGCGUGGUAUGAUCCUCAAACAGGCAAUUGCGGCCCUGACGUUGCACCUACAGCCUGCACGGAAAACGGAAUCGCUACUGGAUCAACUGCCAGUCAAUCGACCACUCCUUCCACCACAUGGUCUACCAGUUUUACCACCAUUCAAACUCCCGACACGACGACUAGUCUGCCAAUUGAUUCGGAAAUCUGCUCAGGACAGAGCGAGGGUCAUUACGCUUCCUAUCCCGAAGAUUGCAGAAAAUACAUAGUAUGUGUGAGCCCGGUGCCUAUUGCCUUUUACUGCAUGGAAGGAUACUACUUCAAUGAGGCACUGCAGAAAUGCGUUGAUUUUGAGCUAAGUGACUGUCCAAAAGGAGAGACGACAACUUUAUCGCCGAGCUAUACCACACCAACCCCAAGUCCAACGGUCUGCCUCAACAAUGCGGGCAACACCGUGCCGUUUCCAGAUAAUUGCCAGUGGUUUCUUCGGUGCGUGGACGAUGUCCUGUAUAUGAUGGGUGUGUGUGGAAGUGGGGAGUUUUUCGACCCAUUAACAGGGCAGUGUGGUUCCGAUGUAUCCCCCGAGGCCUGUCGAUGGGACUACGACUCAACCACUUCACGUCUAGGAACAACGGACGAUCCAACGACUCUCAGUACACCAAGUACUCCAACUACAGAAGCUAUAGAUCCCUGCGAGGGCAUGCCUGACGGUAAACUUGUUCCCUAUCCCUCCGACUGCAGUAAGUUCAUAAAAUGUGUCCGACCUUUACCCAUCGUCUACGACUGUGCAGACGGCCAAGAGUUCAGUGCAUUCCUCGAACGAUGCAUGGCGCCGUGGGUUGCAAAUUGUACAAUCCCAGCUACAACAACACCGCUUCCUUUUUCCCCCACAACUGAUGGGACUCCAGCUCCGGAUAGCUUUUGCGCUUAUCAAGCCGGAGGCUCACUAGUCCCUUAUCCCGGUAAUUGCAGCAAGUACAUAGUUUGUCAAGACCCCAUUCCUGUGGGCUAUGCGUGUGCAGAUGGAGAAGAGUUCAGUCCAACCGAUCUAGCCUGCAUGGAACCCCGGCUGGCCUGUUGCAACCCCAAUAAUUUGGUUUUCUUGUCUAAUAUGAACAAAAACCCAAAUACCUUGAUCCGGGAGUCCCUUGAGGCGAUCGCAAUGUUCUUUUGGUAG